AUGCUUUCAACCUCGGCUCUCAUACUAUUCCAAAGUCAACAGGACCCCGUUCAAGAUUUUUUUGUUUACAACAUAAUCUUUGCGUCACUUUCGACUUUGGGUGCACCCGACACAGCCAACGCAUUGAUUUGCACUUACAAGCUGCAGCUUGCAAACAGCCGCCUACUUGACCAUUUCCAUCCGCCGGCCUGUCUGAGCCAGAACAUGCCUUCUAACGCGGCACUCGACGCCCUGGGCCAUGCUAUAUCUGGCUCAAUAGGCACUGGGGUCUCGACCGCUGCCAUUUUCCCUCUUGACCUCGUCACAACGCGAUUAAAAGCGCAACGCCAGAUGAAGAGCUCAGACCACUAUGACGGAGUAAUUGACGGCCUAAAGGUCAUUGCCUCACAUGAAGGUGGCAUCGCAGCCCUCUACAACGGGUUGGGGCUCGAUAUUGGUAAAUCCUUGGUGGACAGCUUUCUCUUCUUUGGCUUCUAUACCUAUUUACGCCAACAGAUUCGCCAUCCACGUGUAAUACAAGAGCUCGCCAUGGGAGCGCUCGCCGGCGCGUGCUCCAGAGCAAUUACGACUCCCAUCUCAAACGUAGUCACCCGGAUGCAGAUGCAACCAGAUACAGAGUCAUUGAGCCAGGCACUGGCUGACAUCAAGAAGGAGAGUGGUAUCUCCGGCUUGUGGUCUGGUUAUUCCGCCACUCUGAUCCUCACCAUGAACCCCAGCAUUACAUUCUUCAUCAAUCGCCGGCUUGCGAAGCGUAUUAUUCCUGCCUUGGAGGAGGAAGAUGUGCCGGUUGCGUGGAUUGCCUUUCUUCUGGCGGCAUUCAGCAAAUCAACUGCUACCAUUGUAACCUAUCCAUUUCAAACGGGACGAACUCGACUGCAGAUGCCGAUUGACUUGGGUUCUGAAGACUCAACGAACUGCGAAAAGGGGCUAGAGACAAAGUCGCUGGCUCAAAACACAAAACCCCUGAUCUCUCGAAUCCGCGGCGCGCUCGAUAAAACAGUAUUUGGUGUCAUACUCCGAAUUAUCACCAAGGAGGGUCUGCGUGCACUCUAUGACGGACUCCGGGGAGAAUUGUUCAAAGGCUUCCUAAGCCACGGCUUGACAAUGGUGACAAAGGGACUCAUUCAUCGCCUUGUCAUCCGGUUGUGGAUUCUUUCACACCCGCAGCUGCGCAAACGGCUGCAAUGA